AUGCUCUUGGGAAAUGGUUGCCAACAAACAACUUCAGUCACUGGUCAGAAGGUCUUUUAUCUGCGGUCGAUGGAACUAAUACAAGAGUUUCGUGCACCACAAAAAAACGCCCCAUAUGAAGUGAUGUUUGGUCAGCCAUCUCGAUCGGAUCCUGAAUUUUGGAAACUUGUUGAUCAAAAUAAUAUUGUUGACGAGAAUGAUUUACCAACACCAGUCUCUGAUAUGGACGGCACAGUUAUUAGUCAAAAAUAUGGUUGA